CGAGGAACAAGAAAAGAAACAGUAGAAGCAGCAGAAGAAGCAUUUGUGGGUUGCAUUCCAAUCACUGCCGUGGCGAGGCUGAAAACUGAGCUGCAGAAGUUUAUUGGGCGGCAGUGAAUGAAAGCAGCAGUGAUUCUCUCAGACCCAUGAUAUGAGUAAAGCAGAAGACGCAAGGGACCAGUAGAUCAUUGACAAGGAUUACUCAGCCCCCGCACGGCAUUACCCCGAGAUGAUCGCUUCCCAACCGUACGGGGUAGCUUGACUCCGCGCAAGAUUUCCUCCAGCUGGCUUUCUGGCUCUUUCCCUGCUCUUCCUCUUUCGCAUCCUUGUCGCAAACCACCUCACUCCCUCUACAACCCCCCGUCUCAAUCCAAUGGACACCAAAGAAAUGGGCGCCCAACCUCCAGCUCCCGACGAGCAAACCCCCGGGUUCCACGACCCGGAGAUCACCAAACCCACCGCCGAACACCUGCACGAGAUCGACGAUCCGGACGCUGGUCUGAGCGAGGCAGAGAAAGCCAAUAUCGACCGCCGUCUACUCCGCAAGCUCGACCUGCGCCUCAUUCCCUGGCUCUCGUUACUCUACCUGGCCUCGUUCCUCGACCGCACCAACAUCGGCAACGCCAAGCUCGACGGACUGCAGCAGGCGCUGGACAUGAGCAAUGCGCAGUAUAACGCCUCGCUGACCGUGUUCUUCGUCUCGUACUCCGUCUUCGAGCCCCUGACCAAUGUCCUCCUGAAACGGACGCGGCCGAGCCUGUUCAUUCCGACAAUAAUUGUGCUUUGGGGCAUCUGCAUGACAACCAUGGGCCUGGUGCACAACUACGGCGGGCUGAUCACGGCGCGAUGGUUCCUGGGCCUCGCGGAGGCGGGCCUCUUCCCGGGCAUCAGCUACUACCUGUCAUGCUGGUACAAACGCUCCGAGUUUGGCAUCCGCAUGGCGAUCUUCUUCUCCGCUGCGGCGCUGGCCGGCUCCUUCGGCGGACUGCUGGCGGCCGCGAUCGCCAAGAUGGACGGCGUGGGCGGCAAGCAGGGGUGGGCGUGGAUCUUUAUCCUGGAGGGGCUGGCGACCGUCGUCAUCGGGGUGCUCUCGUACUGGCUCGUCUACGACUUCCCGGACCGCGCGGCGUUCCUGAGCGCGGACGAGCGCAAGCGGGUGUUGCGGCGGUUGGCCGCGGAUAAGCAGGCGAGUGGGUUGGGCGAGCACGAGUUCAAGACGGCGUACAUCUGGGCCAGUCUGAAGGAUUCGAAGACGUGGUUGGGGUGUGUGAUCUACAUGGGGGCCGAUGGGGCGUUGUAUGCGUUUUCGCUGUUCACACCGACUAUCAUUAAUCAACUGGUGAGCUACUCCUCCACCCGCGCCCAGCUCCUCAGCGUCCCUCCGUACGCCUGCGCCGCCAUCCUGACCGUGAGCAUCGGCUACCUCGCCGACCGCACCCGCCAACGCGGCCUGUGCAACAUCUGCGUGUCACUGAUCGGCAUCGCCGGAUUCUGUAUGCUGCUGGGCUCGAAAUCCCCCGGGGUGCAGUACGCGGGUGUCUUCCUCGGCGCCAUGGGCAUUUACCCCUGCAUCGCCAAUACGAUCUCCUGGGUCAGCAAUAAUGUGGAGGGAGUCUACAAACGCGGUAUCACGCUCGGGCUGAUGAUCGGCUGGGGCAAUCUAAAUGGCAUCGUCUCGUCGAAUAUCUACCGCAGCGAGGACGCCCCUCGGUUCUAUCCGGGACAUGGCGUCGUGCUGGGGUAUCUGGUGACGUUCCUGUUUGGCGGGUCGGUGACGCAGUAUCUUCUGCUGAGGAAAGAGAAUCGACGGCGGCUGCGCGGGGAGCGCGAUCAUCGGUUGGAGGGGUUGGGGACCGAGGAGGUGGAGGUGUUGGGGGAUAAGAGGCCGGAUUUUAUUUACACUUUGUAGAAUUUAGGGUAUGCUGAACGGUUAUCGGGAGGGAAUGAGCGUGGUUGAAGUCAGGGUCAGAUGCUCC